AUGGAAGGAACUGACCGCAACGGUGGCAGACAAGUUCGCGUGAUCGAUGACGAAGAUGGGUUUGUGGUUGUGGAUUUAGACCGUGAGGGCAACACCGAAACUGCUGCUGUUGCCGCUCCUCUUCCUCCCCCCAAUCGAAGAGCGUCUCCCGGAGUCCGUGUGGUCAGCCCCAACAGACAAGAGGAAGAAGAAGAGGAAGUACCCCGCGCUCAUGCUGAAGAAUCUUUUCCCUCUCCUCGCCGUCGCACCACACCCACGUCUCGACGCCGCCAGAGCCAUCGAGUGACUUACGAAGACCUUGUGGGGCGCCCUCGCUCCAAUCCGAGGGCGAGGACUCCCAUGCGAUAUGAAAGCCCGCUGGAACAUGGAGCCUUUCGAAAUGCCUCGCGGGAAGAAGAGGAACCACAGGAUGCGUUCCAACCAAGGACUAUUUCGAUCCGCCCGAACGCUGGGUUGGGAGUGGGUGUGCUGCGAGCACAGCCGGAACGAGUAAACUUUGACGACACCAACCAACGUCCCAAGCCCAUCACCUUGAAAUCCCAAAAACAAGGACCCUCCAAAAGAAAAACACGUCGCUGGAAUAAUGACAACUUCCAUAAUACCUUUCAUGAUCUGGCCAACUCGGGCUCUGCCAAAGCGAGGGCUGCCGCAGAGGUCUUAGCCAGAGCCAAGGCCGAUGCCAAGCACUUUUUGCCCGUCUAUGAUCCAGCCGACACCCAAAGGUCUGCUGAAGUAACUCGAUUCAUGGAAGACAAGAGUUACUCGGAUGUCCGAGAUCGCUUCUUUCGGGGAGAGCUUCAUGCCAAGACACAAGAACCCCGCAUCGCAAAGCGUACAGACCCCGCGGAUGCAUCUGCUGCAGAACUCUUUCAGCGCAUUGAAGGCCGGUUGCGCCGUGUCGUUGUCAAGGCCUGUGAGAACUCUGGUCCAGCUUGCAAAGUUGUGGAAUCCUUUGAAAACUACCUGAUCAGGAGCUUGGGCGAAGAAGAACCCAAUGUUGGCAACGACGAGGGCGACUUUUGGGAAGGAAUCCUUGUGGAAAGACCAAACUACAAUCCACAGCAAGGAACGGUUACUUUUCGAUUCGACGGAGACUCGUCGUCUGGUGGAUUUCACCGUCUGCUUGUUCAUGCCGUGUGUCAGUUCCAUUGCCUCAAGGCCAAGACAUCUACUGCCAGCAAAGCUCGUGUGCUCUCUGUUUCUGGUGUUAUGAGGGGCAGCCAGUAUCGUCUUUUGGAUUAUCUUAUGUCUGUGCAGCAGGAACGGCAGUGA